ACUUCGUUUCCUGCUUUCUGUUCAACAAUCUACAGCCAGUUUAUUAGAAUAUUUAAUAAUGGAUAUAGGAGAAUUGUUAUCGUUCAAGCCCGAGCAAACACCGAAGCGUCCGUCUGAUUUCGAAAGGGAAAACCAGGAUGACGACGAUGCCGAUAACUCACCCGAUCCGUCGUCUCGGAGUCAACCGCCCCAAAAGGCACGUCGAUCGGAGCAGGCCACAGGUGUACGGGGCAAGCCGAGCCUACCGGCGAAGGAACCGCAGAUAACCGAACAGGAGCGGCUGGACAUUCUCAAGUUUGUCGAGACGGAAGAACCGGAUGGCGACGUACUCGACGAUAGUGGAUUGAAGAAAAUGCUACUGCUGUUCGAGAAGCGUGUGUUGAAAAACCAAGAGAUGCGCAUCAAGUUCCCGGAGAGUGCGGAAAAGUUUAUGGAAAGUGAAAUCGAACUAAACGACGCUAUCCAGGAGAUGCACGCGGUCGCCACCGUGCCCGAUCUCUACCCGUUGCUGGUCGAUCUGAACGGCGUAGCUAGCUUGCUGGAGCUGCUGUCGCAUCAAAAUUCCGACAUCAGCGUUGCGGUGGUAGACCUGCUGCAGGAGCUAACCGACGUGGACAUCCUGCACGAAAGCAUGGACGGAGCGGAAACGCUAAUCGAAGCCCUCCGGAAGCAGCAGGCGGCCGGGCUGCUGGUGCAGAAUCUCGAGCGGCUUGAUGAGUCGGUAAAGGAGGAAGCAGACGGGGUGCACAACACGCUGGCCAUAUUCGAGAACCUGAUCGAAAUCAAGUCGGACAUCGCGAAUGAGGUGGCCGCACAGGGAUUGCUGCAGUGGAUAUUGAAGCGCCUGCGCGCCAAGAUGCCAUUCGAUGCCAACAAAUUGUACUGCAGUGAGAUCCUCUCGAUUUUGGUGCAGGACACGAACGAGAACCGCAUCCUGCUGGGAAACAUCGAUGGUAUCGAUGUGCUGCUGCAACAGCUGGCCGCCUAUAAGCGGCACGAUCCGAGCUCGGCCGAAGAGCAGGAGUUCAUGGAGAACCUCUUCAACAGCCUCUGCUCGGCGCUGAUGGCGAAGGAAAAUCGCGAAAAGUUUCUGAAAGGCGAGGGCCUUCAGCUGAUGAAUUUGAUGCUCCGCGAGAAGAAGCUGUCGCGCAACGGCUCGCUUAAGGUGCUUGAUCACGCAAUGUCCGGACCGGACGGGCGCGACAACUGCAACAAGUUCGUCGACAUACUCGGACUCCGCACGAUCUUUCCACUGUUCAUGAAGACACCGAAACGGAACAAAAAACGGCUCCUCAGCACGGACGAGCACGAGGAGCACAUCGUGUCGAUCAUUGCCAGCAUGCUGCGCAACUGCAAAGGAUCCCAGCGGCAACGGUUGCUGGCCAAGUUUACCGAAAACGACUACGAAAAGGUCGAACGGAUAAUGGAGUUGCACCGCAAGUACCUGGACAAGGUGGAGGCAAUGGAUCGUGAAAUUGAUCAGCAAAUGCGCGCCGAUGACGAGGAACAGGAUGACGACAUGACUUACGUGAAGCGCCUCUCUGGUGGCCUGUUUACGCUCCAGCUGGUCGAUUACAUUAUCCUCGAGAUCAGCUGUACCGAUGUGGUGAAGCAGCGCGUGGUUAAGAUACUGAAUCUGCACAACGGUUCCAUGAAAAUGAUCCGCAAUGUGAUGCGGGAGUUCGCUGGCAACUUGGGCGACGCGGGGGAUAGCGAUUGGCGCGAACAGGAACAAUCGCACAUACUGCAGCUGAUCGAUCGAUUCUAGUUGUAGUCCGUGUAUCCUACCAAUGUAGCAAAUAAACUAACAUCCGAUGUGUACAGCGCUAAUACUGCAAUUAUGCACUCGCAACCGGAAGUUCAAAUGUCCUUUGUUUUUAAUCAAUUAUAGAAACUUUCUGGCCGUACCAAACGAAAGGUUUCCAUUCGCUAUUAAAUACUGUACGCCAUAGAUUUAACAACCAUCAAUUCCAGCGUUAAGUAAAGAUAGUACGAAGGG